UGCUGAGAAACAUUUGUAAAGAUGCCUUCCCGACACGGGGAAAUGCAUGAACAGGUGCCUGCGCUCGCCAUUGGCUGACGGGGAGGGCUCUGGACCAAUCACAGCGCCGGACGCUCUUGUCGCGCCUUUUAAAAAUGGCUGCGACGGAAAGGCUUGGAGAUUCUCUACUAAGAAUGAAAAAUGGCAAGGAAAAGGGUGGUGGAGGCAGCAAGGAGAAUCCCAAAUAUACUUGCCGUGGAAAUCAUGAUAUGAAUGUUGAAGAAGAACUGGCCAAGUUACAACCAUCACAGCGCCUCCUUGAUUACUACAGAGAAAAGGUAGCAAAAUUUGAGCAGGAGACCCAGGAACUGGAAAAUUUCCUUAGGAAGUAUGAACAAGUAGCAAAGCCAACCUUUGUAGAAAAGGAAAGGGAGCAAAUGACACGAGAACUCAUCGAGUUGAGAUCUGCCCUUUCAGAUGUGAAUGUUUUCAUUCAUGCAGAGCGACAGCAAGUAGUUCGGCUUCAUGCUGAGAAUGAAAGAUUAAAGCUAGAUACAGUAGAGGCAGAGAAGAAAGUGGCUCUUCUUCUCUCACUGACUGGCCUCACAGAGGGAGAAUUAAUGGUUUUCCUAAGAGACCCUCGUAGAUUAACCAUCAUCAACCAAAAAUUACCACCAAACUUGAGGAAGAUUCAGGAGAAAUUUAAAAAAAAUAUCAAGGAACCAGAAGUACCCGAGUCAGAAAUAACCCUAAGAGGUCGCAUUCUUUCUCUUGAACAGCAACUUGAAGAAGCAGAGAAAACCUGGCUGGUUGAAAGGAAUGCACUUUUACAAGACCGAACUCUGACAGCCUCAGAAACAAAGGCCCAAUUUGCCAAGGACCAGGCACAUCAUAAACUUUUGGCUGCAAAAAUAGAGGAAGCCCAGCGACAUUUCAAAGAGGCAGUUGCUGAGACUAUGAACAAAACAGCUUACAUUCAAGCACAAGAAAAGAUCUGGCUAGCAGAAAGGGACCAUCUUUUAUCAGUGUUAUCAGCAGUCCAGGAAAAUGUACCACUAGUCACACACAUGCAGUCUGUGGAAAAGUCGGGUAGCUACUCUGACCUUGCCAAACCAAACUCCACUUGUGAACUGAAGGAUUUGCGAAGGGAAAAUGAGACGUUGAAGCUGGAACUACAAGAGGCGGAAGAGAUGCGCUACAUGUAUGAAUCACAGUGUAUGCAGUUAGAGCAAACCAUGUGUAAACUUCGCGAAGAGAAAGAGGCUAUGGAGAAACUGUACAAGGAAAGAAGCCAGAAGUUAAGCCGACAGAUUGAAAUGUUAAAGCAAGAUAAUCUACGAAUGGAUGAACGUAGGAGAACAGAUAUAAAGGGUUUCCAGUCAGACAUUCGCCUGAUCAAAAAUGACAUGAAGACUAUUGUUCAUCAGAUAUAUAAGAUAACUAUGACGCUUUCAGGGACUGACACUAUGCCAGUAGACCUUAGUGCUCUAAAUGAAAUUCAGGCAGUUAGUGCACUUGUAAGAGCUGUGCAAAAGAUGAUUACAGAUACAAAAAGGAAUAUUUUGAAGUUAGAGGCUGAUAUCAAUAAUCCUAAUGCGUGAUCCUGCCAUGCAUAUUUCAUUAAGAGAUAGGAAACUGAGAUGGUAAUCUUUGCCUUAUAAUAUUUCUGUUACCUGGUGGAAUUAUCUCCAAGAAACAUAUACCAAAGUGGAUAUAAUGUUGAUGAAAGUUGGAGGAAAUUUUAUCUUGCUAUGCUGUGUAAAUAAAACU